AUGAAUAAUGAUGAUACGAGCAAUGGUGGUUUUAUGGUGAGUUAACAUUUUUGAAUUUUUUUAACCUAACCGUUCAAUUUCAGUGCAUAUUUCACGCCCUUUCAAGUGGUAUGAUAGCUUUAGGAUUUGCAGCUUCAAUUCAGGCAAAUCGGCAAGUUGUGUAAUCUCUAAUAUGAGCAAUCUUUAUAUUUUUCAGAGAAUAUCGAAUAAAUUUUGAAAGUGUUCACAGCACUUCCUACAGCUAUAAAAUAUGCUCGAUGAUCAAUUUAAUUCCAUGUAUAUUCGCAAUCGGAUUUAUCGGAAAUCUCGCCGCAAUUUUCCGCAAACCCUUCUACUAUAUAUUUCUUCUAACUUGUUGUGCAUACACAUUUCUCAUCUCAACAAUUUCCAGUGUACAAAUAGCCGAAGAACUCGCUACAAUCGAAAGCGUUGGAGGGAAAUAUAAAAACUUGAAGAAUUUGGAUUGGUUUACCGAGUUGCCAGACGUUUUAUAUUUAAAUUGUGUGAUUAUAUUUGCUGAAUGUUCAACAAGUUUGGGAUUGGUUGGAAUGACUGGAUAUAUUUUUGUGAUGAAGAUUUUUAAAAAGAAGAAAAAGGAGGGAGAAAGAACUGAAGUAAUUCAAUAUGAAAAGGAUGUUACGCAAAGUGAAGAAACUCGUGAGAAAGUAGAUGAAACUUAUCAUCAUUAA